UGAAUAAUUAACAGCGGGCGGCGCGAAUCGUUAAUUGUGCAAAAAUGGGGAGUUGUCGUCGCUCGCGUAAUUGUUAUUUGAGCAAGAAAAGGACAGGACAGGAUGCGGCUGGCCCAAUAUAAGGCCGACGCCGGUCAGCAUCCGAGCUCACAAAGAUGCGUCGACUCGUAUUCUUGGUGUUGGUGGUCGCAGCGUCCGUCGGCGCCUCCGACUACCUGCCGGUCUCCGAUGAGGAUUAUUUCUACGAGUGGGAAAGGGCGGGCAGCCCCGCAGCUGGCUACCUGCCCUAUUACAGACGAAAUGAUCUUGACCUUUCAGUGCACAUGGGCCGAACCAGGGUUGGCCAAGGAUUUUUCAGGGUGCUUUCAGGAGGAAGAGAUGCCGAACUGAGAUGUGACUUUCCCACCAACGACUUGAUUUCUAAUAUUGUUUGGGAGAGAGUUACCGACCCAACUGGACGAAGUUACACCUACCACCCUCUGUACUUCGGGGAUCUAUCCCAAAGAGAAUUUUACUACGACGGCACAGCCGCUAGUCCCAAUUACUAUGCAAGGUCGACUGUCCUUCAAAGACCUGAGGGAGCUUCCCUUUACUUGAGAGACAUAUCCCCGAGUGACGCAGGCGUCUACAGGUGCAUGGCUUCAAGACGUGUACCCCACAGCAUAGGAAAAUGGGCCAGCGCAGUUGAAACGGUUUUCCAAGAUGUGUUUUUCUACCCCAGUGGCGACAUUUAUUCCAAGUAACCCACAACAAGGGAAAAUUAAUUUAUUAUUUUCAACGAAGGUAACUGGGCAGGGUUUUGGGAAAAUGCAUAAAUUAUCUAAUAUAAAAACACAAGUGUUUUAAAUUUUUCUUGUGAGAAAUGUAUUGGGCUUACCAGAAAAUAAAAAGGAAAACUUAACACGGAAUAGAGCGCUUUUGAGAU